GGCGUGUAGCACGGGCCCUUCCCGUCCGUACCGGGUGCGCUCGGGGCUGAGGAGCGGGACAACAAGACGAAGAGGAGGACGAGAGGCGGGGGAUAUGGAACGCGCCAAGUUUGGGGAAGAGGAGCCGGAAGUGGUGAUAGGGCCCAAGACGGGCCCUGCCGGGGAGUCACCAUGCAAGAGCCGCAGCCUAGAGGCGGAGAGCCCGACGAUGGAAAUAAAAGACGAGGCCGCAGGGGCUGCUUGGAAGAUACCAAAUACAAGUUAUGCAAGCUCAAUAGAUGCCAUGUAUCCUGAUCCAUCCGAUUCAUUUCCUGGUGGGCUUUUCCCAGGCUCUUCCUCUUUUGAUUGGAGCUCCCCAGAUAGUAGUAGUGAGGGGCGAAACAACAUCGGAGAAGUAGCAGGGCAAGAGACCUGUGAAGAAAGGGCUUCCCGGCCAGGAAAUAGCCGAAUCCCUGGAAAAGACCACAGGCGUUACUACCAUAAUCACUGGAGACUAGAGUAUCUGAUGGACUUUAAUGCCCGUUCCCAUAGUAUGAUCUGUAUGGUUUGCGGCAGCUCUCUGGCCACUUUAAAACUCAGCACCAUCAAGCGACACAUUCGCCAGAAGCACCCUUAUUCCCUCAACUGGACUCCUUGUGAAAAGGAGGUCAUCAUUGGUAGCUGGGAUGCGCACUUAUGCGUUGAUGCUCAGACACUUGCUGGGAGUGAGGAGCACAUGGCAGAGAACAUGAAAGCCACAACUGGUCCAAAAAAGAAAAGACGACGUCUACCACCAGUGACUAAAGGAACAUGGCGACCUAUGCUGAGUCCAGAAUUUCCUCUGCCUUCACCACCUGACAAAUUCCAGUUGGAGCAGUAUAUGAAUGAGUGUCUGCAGCAGUGGUUUAGAUUAGAGUUUCUAAUGGAUUAUGAUUACCAAGGAAAUAAGCUUAAUUGUAUGAUUUGUACAACUGCCUUACCAAGCCUCUGUCUUACCGACAUCAAAGAUCACAUUUUGGACAAUCAUCCCACCUCAUUGCAGUUCAACCAUACCCAGAAAGGUGUGAUUAUAGAUGCUUGGAUAAAUCGUAAGGAGACUCCAGAGGUGGAGAUGGAAGAAGACCUGAUUCAAGAUGUGGAGGUAGAAGAUGACAUGAUGCCAGAUGUGGAGGUGGAAGAUGAAGACAUGACUCCAGAUGUAGAGCUGGAAGAAGACCUGACUCCAGAUGUGGAAGAAGAUGAUGAAGAAGAAGAAGAAGAAGAAAAUUUGGCUAAAAAAGAUGUAAAAGAUGAUCAGGUGACACAAGCAACAACAAAACCAAGAUCUGAAAAUAGGAUGCUCAAAGCUAAACGUCUUGGCAAUGUAAUGGAGAAAGGUACAGAAUCUGUCCAACAUUUUGGAGAAAGCAAUAUUAAAGAUUGUGGUGCACAACUAAUAGAGGAGGAUAAUGUGGAAUCUACAGAUUUGGAGAUCUUGGAGGAAGAGGAACCAGGAACUGGAGAUGUUCAGCUGCUUCAUAAAGAAGUGCAAUUGUUGGCUGAGGAAGAAUGGAAAGCUAGGAAGAGACAUCUUCUGGAGUCAGGACGGAAAGCAAGAGAACUGUGCCUUCUAGAGGAACAUCAGAAAGUUAGACAUGAAGAAAAACAUGGAGCUAGGGAAGGCCAGAUCACUGAGGAAGAGAAGAGGAAAAUUCGGGAGAGACAGCUGCUGGAGGAGGAAGAAAAGACUAGACAAAUGUUGGCGGAAGAGAAAGCUAGAGAGGCUGCACUGUUAGAAACAGAACAACUAAAAGCUAGAGAGGCCCAGUUGCUGAAAGAAGCUAAGAAAAAAACCAAAGGGGUACAGCUGCUGGAGGAAGAGAAGAGAAAAUCUAAGGAAGCUGAGCUGCCAAAUGAAAAAAAGAGGAAAGCUAAGGAGGUCCAGUUGCCAGAGGGAGCUAAGAAGGUGGCCAUGGAGGCCCAGGUUAAAGUGGAAGACAUUAUUACAGAUAAGGAAGCCCUGCUGCUGGGGGAGGAGAAGUCAGAAACUAGGGAAGCUCAGCAUCUAAAAGAAGAGAGGUACAAGAGAUUGGAACAGGAGAAACUGACAGAUCAAGAUGGAAAGUUGAAAGAGGGACAAGCGUUAUCAAAGGAAGCACAGAAUGUGAAACCAGACAUAAUUGUGAAGGUAGAGGACCACCAGUCUGCUGUAUUCACCAACAGUGAGCAACAAGACGCAAAGACUGAAAAUCUUGUUCAAGCUGAAAUGAAGCAGAUUCAAAAAAUAGUGGUGGAAGGUGAAAAAACGCAGCCCAGUGAGCCAGAGAAGCGUGUAAUUGAGGUGCAGCAAAUGCAACAAGCACCACCCGUACUGGGAAUUGGACUCCCUGUGUUAAAAAUGGAAAAUCCAACACCUAUAAUUAUAACAAGGGUUUCUGUUCUCCCAGAAAAUACAAUCCUCCAGCCCUCAAAACCCAAACCCUCCACAUCUGCUAUUGAUAUCUCAAAAACUUGGCGGAUUAUUGCUCCUAAGGUGUCCCCAGCCGAUAACGAAAAUCCGAACCCUCCCUCUGCCAGCCCUGAUACCUCACAGACUCCUACUGGGGCUGACCCCACAGUAUGGGAGGUUAGUGUUUCACGGGGUAACAAUGGAAAUGUUAGCCAAAACCUUGGAUACCAAAUGCGAUGGCGCUCAGAAUUCCUAAUGGACUUCAAUGGAGUGCGUGGGAGUGUGGUCUGCAUGUAUUGCAGCUCUUCUUUAACUGUAUUCAAAGAAAGCAGCAUCAAAAGACACAUUGUACAAAAGCACCCUCAUACAGCGAACUUCUCUGAAGAGGAAAAGGCAGCAGUGUUACUCGAUUGGGAAAAUAAGUUAACUGAAAUAAAGAGGAUGGCAGCAAAGCCAAACAAGGAUGGAGUGGUUAUAGGAGACCUAGGGCUGAAUGUUGUAAAAGCACCAGAUUGUGACCCUGUAGAACCUGAGGAGGAAGAGAUUAACUGGGCUGAUGUACUACCAGAAAAUAAAGGUUCUUCUUGGGAGUUUGCAUUUGGAAGACUUCAAGAUAAAGUAAAGGACCCCCGUAGGUAUCAGCAUGACCGAUGGAAACUGGAGUUCUUAAUGGACUACACUCCAGCAAAGGAUGGAUUAAUCUGCAUGGUAUGUGGCACGACAUUGAUGAAUCCAAAAAUCAGUACAGUGAAGAUGCACAUCCAGCAGAAGCACCCCGAUACAACGUACCUGAGCGAUCAGGAGAAGGCUGUCGUCAUGGAAGAGUGGGAGCAAAAAAUAGCUUUGGGCAAAAAAGCAGGACAGCAACAUGGCGAGGAUGAAAUCUGUAUAGAAAUAAAUGAAGACUCCACCGCCUCUGAAACAAAUGGAUCAAGUGUUGCAGCCAGCAGUCCCAGUCCUACAAUUAUUCUACCAACCUUUUCCAAGACACCUAAAUCUACCCCUUCCCUGCCACCCCCAUGCAAUAGUGCAAAGCGCAAUUACCAGGUUCGUUGGCGCACAGAAUUCAUGAUGGACUAUGACUGCCGGCGCCAGGGUCUCAUCUGCAUGGUAUGUGGUGGAACAUUAGCCACCCUGAAAGUGAGCACUAUCAAACGACACAUAGUUCAGGUACACCCUUAUUCCGUAGAUUUUACAACUGAAGAGCGACAAAGGAUCUUGGAGGCCUAUAGUGAAAUGGCAUUACAUUAUAUUCAUUCUGAGGAGUGUUUUAAGACUCAACCCCAGGAGGAAGUAAAAGGACGCAAGCGAAAGUCCACUAUGGAAGAGUCAUAAUGAUUCCUAUAGUCAUCAUACCUUAAUGUGUAAAGAAACAAUGAACACACUGACUUGGCCUAAUGUGUCGUCUUUGCACAUGAAGAUGGGGUCUUGUUUAUCCCACCAUUUCAGAGACUGGUACAGAAUUCACUCACCAUUCAAAGACUUGCAUUGAGGAUCAGAAUUUGACUAAUGCCAUAGCUCUUCCCAUGCCACCAGUGACCAUGCAUUUCUUUGUUGCUUCCAGAAGUAUGUAUUGUCUAAAUCCUCCUUUGUAAGUGGACUGCAACUAUGCAUACCAUUUUAGAAGUUUGUGACAUUGCAUUUUACAGCCACGUGGGAAAUUACGGUCCAUGAAAGAUUUCUUUUGGGGUAAAAUACAUAGUCAACAAUGUUCUUUAUUUUUUAUAUUCACCUAAAUGCUUUAAAUAAGUGUUGACUCCCAUGGAUAGAAGUAUGCUGCAGUGAGGACAGUUUUAAUGGUUUCUCAAUGGACUCUUUAUGAAGAAUUGUUUCUUGGAAAACUUAAUGCAGACAUUUUACGUAUUUUCUCAAACAUGAUGAAGCUUACUUCAUCUGCAAAAAAGAAGUGAUGUAUACUUAUAAUUUUUAUCUCAAUGCGAUGGCGGUGAUCAUACUGUUGGUCUGGAAUAUCAUUUGUUACCCCCUUUCCCCCUCCCUUACCGAAAUCAGGGAGUUUCAUCUCUGAUAAGCACUUGAGCAUCUUGAGACAAUGUAGUUGAGUUCCCGCUUGACCUACAAUACUGAACCUUUAUUUCUGUGGCUUCAAAAGGGAUUUGUUACACUUGUUAACAUGAACUGUUCAUUUUAUUUUAUUAUUUUGCCUAAUUUGGGCUUUCAGGUAUAGGAAAGCAUUCCCAAUGUUCGAUUUCAUACUGAAAAACAGUUUGGUAGCAUAACUGGGGACCUGUUCAUUACUUUUCCUGUUUUUGCUUCUGAAUAUUAAAACUGAUGCUCUAAACAAUUAACUGUGAAAUGAUCAUUGUAUGUUGCAGAUAAAUCUGGUUUCCUUAUGUAGGUUGUUUUUCUUUGAUGUGCGACUCUUCAACAGUCCAUGUUAGAUCUAAGCACCUGUAAGCUCUGCUGACUGAGAGGUCCUUAUCUGCAGGUCUACAGACUUUGGGAUGGUAUGUGUAAGGAUUGAGAAAUUAAAUAAUUUGCUUUU